CUUAGUAUGAUGUUGCUUUGGGGUUAAAACACUGUGCAAUUAUUUAAUUCGUAAUAAAAUAUUAUUUCAAGUCUUACAAAAAUCAAUCAUAUAAGCUAAAAGGCUCACAAAGCUGUCCAACUUCUUCCAACAUAUUUCGAAGCACUGCGCGCGAAAAUUGUGACGCGAGUUGUGAUACGGUUGGAAAAAUAACAUCUCAGUUGUUCAACUCAACCAUCUCUCAUAGCACUGGCUCGUCCAAGUCUUUCCCGCUUGAAAUUACCGUCCAUCGCCAACAAUUCGCGCCUGAUGAGUUGUUUUUCUUUUGAACUUCCGUCGCGUACUUACCGUGCGUACUCAAAUGCUUUCAUAAAAGUACUCUCAAAGUCGAGGAUUCUGUAUAGACUCCAAAGGGAGGACGAUACCUGGAGGAUAAUUUCGAGGGAUAGUGUUAGUUUUCCAAGACGAGGAUGAACAUCUUGAAGCUGAUCACUACCCGCGAACAGGGGUUCAAACAUUUUAUGGGCAGUGACAUUUCCCUGCUGCGUCUCAAGUGUUACCAGGAGGACGUGUUCGAAGGUGUCGCGGGAAACGUCACUGGAGCAGACAUUAAUCCAAGGCCGCCAGUACUUGCCUGCAGCUUCUCAUCUGCUCCAGGUUAUGAGCAAGUCAUUGCCUUUGCUAAUGAGGAUGGCAGAGUUGCGCUCCAGGAUACAGAUGCGAAGCCCGAUAACCAGGGUCCGCUAGAAGGCACACAGACACACAAAAAUGCUGUCUUCGACAUGGCUUGGAUGCCUAAAGAGUUAAAAUUAAUCACUGCAUCUGGAGAUCGCACUGCCAGUCUUUGGGAUGUUUCUCAGUCCCCUGAUUUUACGGAAAUCCAAUCUUUCCAAGGCCAUACCCACACUAUUAAAAGUGCUGUUUUUAGGCAUGAAGAUAAAGCUGUGUUUGCGACUGGAGCGCGAGAUGGGGCUAUUAUGAUCUGGGAUAUAAGAGCCAGUCACAGUGGGCUGCCAAAGCCUGAUAAUAUGAUUUUUAAUGCACACAAAGUGAGAAUUUCAUCGAAAAAUUCAAAACACUCCUCGACUAAAAAAUCUGAGGGAUACUCUGUAACACAUAGUGUUACAUCUCUUGUUUUUCAAGAUGAUUAUAACUUGUUAUCUUGUUCCGCUGGCGAUGGUUUUAUCAAGGUGUGGGACAUGAGGAAAAAUUACACUGUACAUAAAAAGAAAUCUGUAGCCAAGCAUGUGCUAAAGUAUGGUGGCAAAAGUAGCACCUACAAUGGUUUUACGUCACUUCUGAUAGAUCCAUUUAGGAUCUCACUGUAUGCAAGUUGUGUGGAUGGAAGAAUUUACUCAUACAAUUUAUCUUCUUACAAUCCAAAUCCAGUUGCAGAGUAUUAUGGCCAUUUGGAAUCUGGAAAGGUUUUAUCGUUCUUUGUAAAAGCGUGCUUGAGUCCUAAUGGAGAGUUUUUAACAAGUGGAUCAAAUGACGAGACAGCAUACAUUUGGCGAACCAGGAAUCCAGGACUACCGUUCAUAAAAUUGUGUGGACAUAGAGAUGAUGUGACUUCCACGGCGUGGUGCAGUGUUGGUGAUACUAAGAUCGUGACUUGUUCCGAAGAUUGUUACCAUAGAAUAUGGAGAGUGAGACCCGAUGUUGACGACACGGACCAACACACAAUAUUUGGAAGUGCAGAACGAUACCAAAUUACAACGCCACGUGUAGCUUCUUCGCCACUUAAAUCAGCUGCUAUUGGAACCCACUCGAUCGUCAGUACACCAGACUCUAUCGCCAGCACAAUCCGCUCAUUAAUUCACACGCCGCAGUCGUGUACCUCAUCCUUGUACAGCGAUGCCAGUUCAUCUGGAAAACCUACCCUGUCCCCCAUCACGGAAAGUAAUGAAGUAUCACCGCGGCGGUCCGCAGGUGCGGCUCGCAAACUCCAUUUUAGUCCAAGCAGCAAUCAAGUUAGAAAAGAAGAGCAACAGCUCCGAAGCCCUGUCAAAAUACAUAGUGCGUCUGUUACCACGAUAUCCUCCCCAACAACAGGUUUGCCGAACUUUGUUAUUGAUGGGACGGCACCUCACUUGUCGAACUCGCCUUUGAAAUCUAAGGAGAAUCUCGACUGGUUGACUAAAAUACGCAAGCGAAAGCGCGCUGAAGCUGAUAAGGAUACGCCAGAAACACAACUCAAGAAGACUCCAAGAACAGUGACAGCUAAAACGCCAACUUCAAAAAUGUCGCUAGCCAAAACACCGUCGUCACGAGGUAAAUCGUCAAAAAGGCCUGCGAGUGAUCAAAAGAAGACGCCUAAGAGCCAAAGGUGCCUUAUGCCUGCCAUAACGAAUUUUUGUACUAAUUUAGAAAGAGAAAUGUAAGUUGGUUAUUUAUUAAGGAAUAUAUUUUAAAUCAUAAACGACUAUUAUAUUUUGAACGAAAAUUUACAAAAGCAGAUGUAGCACGCUAGAUUGUUAAGUA